AUGGGGGAGGUCGAAAAAGAUAAAGUGGAGCGAUUGGCGAAGAUAUUCGAGCUGGAAGGGUGCAACCGUCUCAACCCUGCCCACUCGAUCCCAGGUUCUAUAUCUGCGGAUAUUCUCCGGUCUGCGCUGCAAUACUCAGACCUGUCCACGGAGGACUUGCGAAGUAUAAGUGUCGAGUGUCUUCAAGGGAAGCAUCGCCUUGCAGCGUUAAGAGAACGUUCUGAAGGCCAUAUAUUUCUGAACAUUCUCAAACAUCCGUUAGCCUCGCCGAAUGCAAAAAUAUGGCUAGGAAGGCUCGGCACCAAGAGCAGGGCGGACAUAGCUAAGAGGCUUUACAGACAUAACAGUCUGGCCGGGGCGCUUCGCAUCGUUCUUAAGAUGCCAGGCCAACGGAGACACUUCAAAUUAGGCGCCUGGAAAAGGAUAAUAACCGAGGGGUGUGACGAGGAGAUAUCGCACUACCUCCGCCUUAUAUACGACACAUUUGCCUUUAUUAUGGGGUCUGAUACAGUCUUAAAAUUUGUCGAUAAAGAGACUGUUCACAACUUCGAGCUCCGUGCGCCGGGAGCGUCACACCAGGACGAACUCUACGUAUCGGCCGUCGUAUCAAACAACUCAGUGCUUGGGCGGCUUAGGACUAUACAAUACUUGAUUCCGACACGUCUGAUAUCGGGCAGGGACCGCCUACCUUUCACCGUUCAGUCGUUGGCUCGGGACGCCUUCACCCUCCCACAUGCCUCAGCCUUUAGUCCCGAAGCAGAGUUUCUCGGAAACCUAAAGGAGCUCUAUCUUCAUAUUAUGCAGAACAUCGUUCAGCUGGCUAUUCGGGCUAAAGACAAGGGGUUCGAUUCUGAUGAGAUCUCUCGGCUGUGUUCCAUAGAUCUGGAUCGAAAAGAGGCGCGACCUAUCCAGCAUAAGCCCGGCAGUGCGGAGCUGACGACUACUCGCCACGCGGAACCAGUAGCGAGACGCUGUGGACGCCAAUACUCCAAGGCUUAUGCUCGCGACCGCCACUUCUACACACCAGACUGGUUCACGUGCGUUAUGCAAAAGGGAUCCGAUAUAACCUCUCUGUUUAUACGGAGAUCGGUCUUCCAUGCCUUUUGGGGCUUCCACGAUAUCACAGAAGGUGACGGUUCAGGCCACGACGAUGACAUGGUGGAUGCCGCGGAGGAAAUCGCGGUACCUGGCGAAAGAAACCAGCCGGCAGACCUUCCGGCCCCGACUGGUAAUGAGGAUGAAGAAAUGAGAGACGCGCCGGCUUUCUCAAAGCAUCGAAAGCCACGGCGACCGCGGCAGACGCUGGUCAAAAAGACAGCGAGGCUGGACCGGCACGGAGACAUGCCUGUUGCAAUGGCAGAGCCCAGGGAAAGGAUCCGUAGGGUACCGGCGCAUUCAGAGGCGACACCUAGUGGAGUCGUCGCAGACAGGAGCUCGGCAGUCACAACAUUCAUCCCCGCAGGGCCGGACCACCGACAGAUGACUAUCCUGCUACGGAAAGACGGAGAAUGGGUGGACGCAAGACGGUAUCGCCGCGCAUCAAUCAUCCAGGGAAUAUUCGAGGUUCGCCGCGAAAACCAAGGGCAAAAGCUCCGUCUGUACAAGCAGAACGGCCGUGGCAUCGAGGCGAAGGAUUGCCCUACCCUGCACGAUGAUUCUGUCUACUUGAGCACGGAUGCAUCGGGGUUUCCAGCUGAAGAAAUAUUGUAG